UCUUCUGUGACUGAGAACAGCCGGGUCGUACCAAUCGCAAUGCCUAGCUGGCGGCACUUGCGCGUUAGGGGGCUGCCAAGCCUCGCGAUACCUGGUUCGUUGGUGCCAAAUCAAAGGUUGAUAGUGGUUUCGGGCUCGGUGCGUCGUUAUCUUGGACGUUGCUCAGUUGGGCACAUAAUCUGACUUUCUAGUCGUCUGGGGUUUUUACUACAGAAAGCGAAGACUUGAAAAAAUGCCCCGCGAGCGGAGUGGUGAGGAUGGGGACGAACCGAAGGUUAAACAGCCUCUCGAACGCCAUCCAGGCUCUCGGCAGCGGCGAGAGGGGUAGUUGUGGAGGCCGCUGCGGCUUUUGCAGCGGCUGAGGCAACACUAGGCGGAGUGGAGGCAGGGGGUGGAAUCACGAUCCCGCCCCAGACGUGUAACAAGAGGAGGCAGAGGGUCAAGCCUCUGGAAAACGAAAUGAAAAUUCUCAGUAAGCUGGACAAAGGCGUAAGACCGAUGUGGGGCGCCUUUUUGGCGUUGAUAAGAUUACGGUGAGCACCAUUAAAAAAAAUUAGAAGGCUAUUAUUAGUGCCAGCAUGGAGAGUGUUUCGCCCAUUUGCUCCAAGGUGCUAUGCAUGCCCCGGGGUAUAAACAUAGAGAAGAUGGAGACUGAAUUAAUCUUUUGGGUUGAGGACCAGACCAUAGGAGGACGUCAUCUAACAUUGAAGGCCAUCUGCAACCAGGUUAAUCGCGUUUACAAGUAGCUGGUGGAAACCACGGGGAAUGGCAACCAAGAGAAAUUUUAUGCGAGCGAGGUCUGGUUUGAGAAGUUUAAAAAUCGCAACUGUCUGCGGAAUGCGAGGUUGAUAGAGAAAGAAGAAUUGUUAAAUGCUGAGUUGGCACCCGAGUAUUCCAGGCAACUCCAGAGACUGUUAAGAGCUGGAGGCUAUGUGCCUCAACAGGUCUUCAACGCUGAGGUGAUAAGCUUAUUUUGAAAAGUGCAUAUGUUUACGUGCUUUUAGAGAAAAAGAAAUCCAGAAAGCUUAGAGGAAGCUAAGGACAUGAUUUCCUUCAUUUUUUUGUGCCAAUGCCUCAGGUGACAAAAUGAUAAAAACCAUCGCUACUUUACAAAGACCCUAGUCUCACUUGCCGUAAGGAAAAAGGUAAAAAACGUCUUCCUGUUUUCUGGCGAUCACACCCCAAAGUAUCAGUAACCACUGCCCUCUUUUUGGAUUCGUUUCAUAAGUGUUUUGUCAAGCCUGAAGUUACUUAACAGAAAAAAAUCUGAGUGUUGCUAGUUGUGGAAAGAGGUCCCAGUCACCCGGACUCAUUAUACUUUGCUCAUCAUAAUGUUGAUAAUUCUGUUUCUCCCUCUGGAAGGCACUAGCCUUCUUCAGCCCUUGGAUCAGGGUAUAAUUGAAGCUUUCAGGAGUAUUACACCAAGCAUAUGUUUGACCAUUUGCUGACGGUAUUGAAGAAAACCUUUGCCUUAAACUUUGAAAGAAACAUGGCAACAUUACAACAUAGCCGAUGCUUUGGUAGUUAUAAAAGAAGAAAUGGAUGAUAUAAAACCAGCUGCUCUUAAUAAAGCUUGGUGGAAACUUUGGGAGGAUGUUGUGAAUGAUUAUGUAGGUUUUCCUAGAAUUAAUGAAGUUGAAAAAAAUUACAGAAUCUGCACAAGGGAUGGACUUAAAAUUCAUUGAUAGCAAGGCAAGUGAAAUCAACGAGCUGCUCAAGUUUCAAGCUUUGGUGAUAGAGUCUAUACUCAUAGACAAGGAAGGAGACAAGUCCUCUGAACCAAAAGUAAAGAUGAAUCUAAGGAAACUGCUGUCUUACGCCAGGCCUCAGACCUCAUCGAUGCUGCAAUCAAUUUGGAUCCUUUCCUGGAUUGAAGUUUGGCCUUUAAAAAUUUCAGUAAAUUGCUGUAUACCUAUAAAGAUGCAGAAGAACCUUAGAAAUAAAAGCGAAGGAGUUGAAGAAAGAGGGAAGACUCAGACAAUGAAGAGGAAGUGGUAUGGGUGAAAGACAGAUACAGAAUCUGAUUCUGAGGGGGAGUCUGAGGAGGAGUCUGAGUCUGAAUCCAGGUCCAAAUCUGAGUCAGAAUCUGGGAAGGAGGAGGAGAAGAAAGCUCCAGAAGAGCCUGGACGCUCAGGCGGUAGCACUCAGACUCUUGAUAUAGCUGAAGAAUCUGCCAAAGCCAUAAAUACAGAGUUAGAUUUUUGGAAUCUAACCUUGGAAUUGAACCUGGAGAGAGUAGAAGUACCUGAAUUGAAGGAAGAAGAUCCAGAGGCUUCUUCCGAAUAACAGUUCAUUUCUUGCCAUCCUUCCCCUUCUACCCUAACAUCACCUUCAUUGUGUCCAGCAUCCUUAUAAUCGCCAGCCACAACGUCUUUAUCAUUUAGUCGUUCAAAAAACAUUCAGUGAGCAUACUCAGCAAGGUUCUGUGCUAAGACUGGGUAUGUCAUCUCAGGAAAUCAUCUCAGGAUCUGAGAUCCUGACAGCUGCUUUCCUGACAUAUCCCAUCCUCAAGACCCUUAGCCUACAGCUCCAUUCAUCUGUUACCGGCAGCUAUGUCUCCGGCACUCACUCCAUCGUCUUUGUCAACUGUCCCAAUGAGCAAAUUGCCAGAGACAUUGCCAGGGCCCUACUGGAUAAGAAGCUGGCUGCUUCUGUGAACAUCCUGCCCAAGGCCUCCUCACUGUACUACUGGAAAGGAGAGAUAGAAGAAGCCACAGAGAUCCUGCUGUUAAUAAAGACAAAGACUUCCAAAGUCCACAUGCUUUCCAGCUACAUCAGGUUGGUGCAUCCUUUUGAAAUCCCAGAGGUCUUCAGUCUUCCCAUGAACCAAGGAGAUGCACAUUUUUUUAAGUGGCUUGAGGAGGGCAUGGAGGAAAACUGAGCGGAGAAGGAGGUUUUUUAUGCAUCCUCGUGGCCGCCUCUAGCCUUCAUCAGUUGCACUUUGGGGAAGGGGAGACCUCUUUCUGCUUUCCAGCAUCUCUGGACUCCUUGUUCCUGUAAGCACAGAGAAGCUAAAUAACCUGUGGAGGCCGAAGGGCUAAGGCUCCUGAGGCUGGAAGAAGAGGCUGGGCUGGUCAGGCCAAGCAAGAACCCAGUGGAACUUCUGAGUGCCUCAUGCUUAAAGGUGGCUAGGAGGUGGGGGGGUGUGAGGAUGAUUGGCUGUGUAUAGGGGCCAGGAGUAGGUGGCAAUGAGGAUGAGAUUUGUCAUCUUCAGUCACUGAGACUACCUCAAGUGCCUAAGAUGUAUGGCUCUCUUGCUUAUUAGGAGGAAACAGCCUGAUGACCUUGUUCACCCUGAAGUAUAUGGGGUGAAUGCCUUCUUCUAGGGGAACUGGCAAGUGCCUUAUCCAAAAGGAUGAAUUGCUAAUGGUGAAAUUUCAGGAAUUAGCAGGAUUAUUUCUCCUAGCUAAAGAUGGCAUUUGUUGCUCCUGAGUCGUGAGGAGGUGACACUGGGAAUGGACUUCUGACUGUGUGUAGGACUGGGGGAAUAUUGGAGCUUAGACAUAGCCCCAUGAGUUGGGAGUCUUUGCUAGCCUGAAUGUGAUAGACAUUAGAAGGGUCUGAUGCCUUGCUCAGUGGAGACCUAGGUUCUGAGCCCACCAUACUUCUUUUCUUGAGUAUUGAAAUUGAGUGUCCUAAAGUGGGAAAGAACCUUGGGGAUCUGCCAAAGCAGUUUUUCAGACUUGUUCCACAGAGCCCUAGGGGUUGACAAAAGUUACCUUGGGAGCUUCCUGAGGAUAUAAGGUACCUCACCAAUACUUCAACCAAUGCAACUAUGCUUUUACUACUUUUAUGUAUUGAAUUCC